GCAUACGGUUCACAGGCGCCGUAAACGUUGUCCCUUCUCUGCUGUUAGCUCGUCUCGACAGGAUCAUCGCAAAAUCUCGCCACCAAACCCUAUUGCAAUUGAAACUGUACUGGUCAAGUGAUCGCGAUUUCCACUUCGAUUCUUGUGUCGCCUUGACGGAUUUGUUUUUCUCGCCGAAACAAACAACGCUCGCCCGGCGUCUGAUUAUAUCAAUGGUCGUUGCUAUUGUGGUCGCAGUCGCCCGUGGGAAGCCAAAGCUUCUGCCGCAUCGCCGCCGACCAGACUUCUUCAGUCGACAGCUGUAUUCGUCAGCGUCACCGGUUGUAGCGAUUGGAAUACCCUCCGAAGAAGUCUUAACGCAUCGGCGACGGUGCAGCUGAGUAGUGUUCGUGAGAUAAGACGGUAAUGCGCGUGGUGAUAGCCCAGUGCGCAUCGUUGUGUUAUGGGAGGAACGACGGGCGCGGAGGUCAUCUCCCGUAAAGUCAGUGGGUCAUUAUGCCUGUCAGCAGCAGCACAGAGGUACCUGAUGCUAAAUGCUGUUGUAAACAUUGUCAAGAUCGCGGCCGCGGUGAGCUGUUCUGGAAGAUUCAGCUCGACCAAGACCUGGUGGACACGAUAUCAUCAAUUUACCCCGAGUGGUUCCGCCAACAGCAGCAGCAGCAACACGCCAACGCAUUGACCAUGCACAACAGUAAUCCUCAGCCGUCUCCGCCCUCAGCAGAGGUGGACGAUUCUCCACUGCAAAAAUCUAUGGACAAGAACAAAGAGUCUCUCAAAGUGAAGUUGAUGUUGAGGAGACCCAUUAAUCAAUUAGUGGCUCAAGGAAUUAUGCCCUGUUUGAAAAGUCCUCCAGCUUUCCAUGAACAAAGACAAAAGUUGGAACGGGCUAAAAUGGGCGAUCUGUUGAAAGCUAAAAUUCAACAGAGGCCCGACAAACAACAGCUGGUUAGACAGCAUAUAUUAGAAGACGUCGGUGACGUAGAUCCUUCGUUAGCCGAACGUCAACGCAUGCUAGUUAAGUGCCGAUUGGCCGACUCUCUGAAUACCCAAUUAGCCCAUCGGCCAGGUCCUUUGGAGCUGAUAAAAAAAAAUAUACUUCAUACUGACGAGCCAAUUGAAAGGCUAGUUAAAGAGGGUCAGAUCGAGUUCAAAGCUACCAGUGAGGGACAGAAAAUUAAACCUGAACACCCUGACCACUACCUGACUUUGGACGAAGAUUCACAGAGUUCCGGUGGUGCUGGCAGCUCUUGUUCGCCACCUCCGCCUGCACAACCUCCAUCGUUACCGCUGCCUAACCAUAGGCCAGCGUAUGAUAUGAUAGAAACAGCCGCCGCUAACGCCGGUAUUGUUACGCUAACUCUUCUACCUUCGCCACUGGGCUCAUCUACGUCCAGUUUGUCACCAAUGAGUUCGGUUGCGUCACCACCGCCACCUCCUCCACCUCCAAUGCCGUCGUCGCUGUCAUUGGUACACAGCCAGCAGCCGGCACCUGGCAAAGAUAAAAACCGAAAAAAAAGCAAGAGCAAAUCUCAGGCCAAAACUCGGACAAUUAAGUUCCACGAGUACAAAGGACCCCCUAGUGCGAAUAAAAGUCAAAACCAAAACUCUAAUUCGGCCGAGACCUCAUAUGAACUUCUUCUACAACAGCAACAACUAUUUUUACAGUGGCAGUUGGAGUGGCAACAAAAAUACCCUCAACUGAUUUUACCAGCUCCGCCACACAAGUCUACAUCAAAUGCAGAUCAGUCAUCUAAUGUUUCAUCGACUUCAUCGACUACAUCAUCAAUAUUAUCACCUGUUCAAACGACUAAUAGUCAACCACAAAUAGUAGAAAGUCGACCAUUAAGAAACCUUGAUGAUUUGAAAGUGAGUGAUUUAAAAGCUGAACUAAAGAAACGUAACUUGCCAGUGUCAGGGCCAAAACCACAGUUGAUUGAAAGAUUGCGGUCAUUUGCUGAACAUAUUUCUGAUUCUUAUAACAUGUCACCAGGCAGUCAGUCGAAUCCUAAUAGCCCAAUUCGAUCGUCAAAUUCACCACCUCCUCCUCCACCACCACCUCCACCACCACCACCACCUCCAGUAUCUGGAAGUAGCCAGAAUACACCAGAAGAGGAUCGUAUUAUUCGAGAACAACAAAGACGUAUUGAACAGCUUCAAAAACAACUACUUAAUUCUCAACUGCAAUUGCAACAACAGCAGCAAUCUAGAGUACAAACAUUCCAGCUUCAGCAGCCAGUUAAUGCCAAAGCUAAUUUGGCUGCUUUUCUUCAGCAACAGCAGCUGAACCAACAACAAAAGCAACAAAAACAACAAGUGAUUUUGACGACAAAUAAUAAUAAUUUGACCAAAAAUAACAAUAACGUAGACAUGACAAAGAGAAGAAAUAGUAAUACUAUUGUUUUAGACAGGGAGCAAGCAGCAAAUAUUUUAAAUCAAUUAGAAAAUAAUGGACAUAGGACUGCAUCGCUACCAAAUUUUCUUGGUACAUUUGUACAACCUAAUAUGGUUGUAAAUAAUAAUAAUAAUAAUAAUUUGAGUAAUAACAAUAAUAAAAACUCAAAUUCAAAUAUUCAAACUGAGUUCAAAGUUGAAAGAAAUGACAUGCCUAUGGUUAUUGAAGAUGUAAAGCUUUUUGAUGUUAAAUUGAAUAACAUGAACAAUAUAAAUGGGAAACUAGAAAUAAGUAAAAACAAUAAUCAAAAAAUUAAGGAAGAAGAUAGUAAAGCUUAUAUUGAUAUUAAUAGUCUGCCAAUGGUGUUUGAUGAUUCAAAAUUAUUCCAAAAUGAGACACUUGAUGAAGGUAGGAGUAAUGUAUCCAAAAGUCAAAUGAUGGAUGAUGUACUCGAGAUAUUGAUAAGAAAUGGAGAAUUACCAGCUUCAGCUGCACAUGAUGCAACUAUGUCAACAGAGAGUACAGUAUCAUCUGAAUUUGAUAUACACAUGGGUGAUCCAUUUGCCAUGGAUGUUUGUAAUGAUGACUUAAUGGACGUAGAUACUGAUUGGCUCGACUCUUUGGAUUUACCACCUCCAUCAUCUGAACCAAUAGCUGACUUAUUUAAUGGUGAAGCACCAGAUAGUGAUUUCAAAUUACCAGCCAACAUGGACUUCCUGUGGGAUCGCAUUGAUUUUGCUACCUAAUUAUUUCUAAAUGACUACUUAUAUUUGUUUGAGUAUCAUACUAAAUUGAUAUGUUCACCAUUCCCCUUGUCUCUCUAAAUCUAUUUCAUCAUCAAAAUAGCAAUAAUAUUAUUGUUUGUUACUAUUUUCUUGUGUACUUUACACAAUAAAUAGCUAAUAAUAACAAUUAAUGUUAAUAAUAGUAAUAAUUACAAAAACAUAGUGCUCAUUAAUUUCCAGGGUCGUGUGUACUUAAAUAAAUUUAAUUUAGGAAAAAAAAAAUUAAAAUAUCUAUUUAUAUUGCUCAAAAAUUAUUUAUCUUACUUGAUAUUUAUAUUUUAAACAACAGUAUUUUGAUCAAUCUUGUUCUUUCUUUCUGUGGUUUACAUUCCUUAAAUUUAAUUAUUAAAUCAAUCGAAAUAAAUGAUGAUGAAUUGAAAUACCGACAUAUUGUAUUAAUAGUUUACUGUUCUAUGAACAAAAUAUUUUAUUAUUAUAUUGUUUUAGAUAUUAUUUUUAUUAAUUUUAUGUAUUGUAUAAAUCAUAUUUUGUUUAUAUUAAACUAUGUUUAUUUUUGUUUUUAAAUUACUUUUAAGUAUUACUAAUUUCAUAGUUAAAUUAUAUUUUUAUUUAUAUUAUAAUAAAAAUGAACUAUAAAAACGAAUUGUGUGAAAGGAUAGUAACCCUAAAAUAGUAUAACUAGUAGAUAUUAUGUAAUAUUUACUGUUUAUUUGCUAAAUCAUGUCGAUAUUAUAAGUGGUGCUGAAUAUUUUUUUAUGAUAUACUAUAUGUUAUAUGUUAAGAAGUACAGGCUGUGCUUCUUUGGGUUGUGUCUAGUUUUCAAAUGAAGCUAAGCCAUAUACUUCACUUUUUAUUCUGCCCACCCCAAUUUUAACGUUAUAAUUUUUAUUAUUAAUUAUUGAUUAUUGUAUUUUUAAAAAAAAAUUAUUAUUUCCACCGAACAGUUGUUUUAUCUAAUUACUAUACUUAUUUUUCAUUAUAAUUUGUUAUCAGGAUCACCAGUAUUCAUGCAUGAUCUAUAUUAUUUUUACAAUUCAUACAUUGUUAAACAUAUAAUUGUUUAUCUGCUCUAUGUACAAUACAAUUUGUAAAUAAUGAUGCUCAUUAAAAAAUAUAUCUAAUUAACUUUCAUUGCAAUAAAC